UUUGUAUGUGUUAUUAAAAAUAUAACGUUAUCAAUUAAAUAACUACAUUUAAAUAUACAUUUACAUAUUGAGAUACAAUAUUCAACAGAUUGGGAAUUUCCGUUUUUAACUGUAGCUGUGUGUAAAGUAGGCUAAGGCUAAGGUCUGUCUUUUCUAAUCUUGAAAUCAAAAUUUUCGAGCAAAAAUAAAAAAAAAAAAUCAAAUAGUGUAAGCUUUGAUUGUGUAAUACAGUUCAGUGUGUUUCAAUGAGAUGUAAUGACCAUCUUAGUCUAUUAAAACGAUUGCAGGCUGAUUCGCAUCAUAAAAGGAAUAUGUUGUGUCACCUGAUAACUAAUCGUAGACACUAGACACAUUGAAUUUUGUGUCAGUUCCCAAAACUGGGCCACACCCAAAGAAUUUAAAUUCUUAUGUGGUUCAUGUGUAGCUUUGCUGCCUAGAAGUAGUAGAAGCACACACCAUGGCUGAAGCAGUUGACGAGGAGUGUGAAGAUCAAGGACUAGAAUCUGCUAAACUGAGCCAACAAGAAGUAGAAAGACUUCGACAGUUUGCAAGUAUUGAACAAGGGCCCUUCGAGCAAGAGAUUAGCUACGAAAGCGAUGGCAAAAUGAACCAGCAGUGGGAAAUCUGCCAGAAAAAUCCUGGUCACCCGGGUUUCAUCCCCAUCAAUUCUUUCAAGAUCGAUCACCUACCUGAAGGCUACAGGGAUCAGACUAUCUAUAAACUGCUGAAAGCUUUAGGCGAACUGACGGUUAAGAUCCAGGUGGCCCAUAUCAGCCCAGACAGACCCGAGUCUAUGAACGGAACAAAGUUCCCUUGCUUCAAAACAUGCGAGAGAUCCGCUUGGAUGACCCGCUGCGGAACCGGGCGAGUCUGGGGCGUGGAGGAAAUGUCAGGGGCGUGUCCUUGUUUCCCCUGUCAACGUUCUCCCAGCCCUAGGGAAGAGUGGGGGAAGGUGAAUGUGUUAACGGCCAUGCAUCUGGUGUAUGAUAAAAGCGAGGGGGUGAGGACGGUAUGCAUCUGGGGCUACGAUAACGCGGACAGCAAAAAGGAGAUGUUUGACGGUGUAGGGUGUUACAAAACCAGUUUUGACCAGGACAUGUGCUAUGUGGAGUGCAUCACACAUAACGUCAAAUUGGUGAGGAAGUUGAGGUUGCUUUUAGAGGAUUAUCAAGCCAAAUGUCAAGUUGUCAGAGACAAGUACGCCAAUGAUGCCAGCGCUAAAUUGACGGUGAUUGUUUCCCAUCCUCACGGUCGUGAAAAGUACAUCACGGUAGGGAACUGGGUGGAGAAGGAGGUCAAGAUGAAUGGGGACACCAAGUACUUCUACACCACGGACACCUGCCAGGGGUGCAGUGGCGCCCCCGUGUAUGUGCUGGGGAAGAAGGAAGGCUGGUGGUUGACGCACCGCCACAGCGGGGUGGAGCCGCCCUACAACGUCAGUGGUAUAGGCUGGUUGUGAUUGGAUGGCUUGCAGAGGUCAUAAGGAGAUUCUCAGCAGGGAGACUAAGUUGUAACUCAGUUGACAUCAUUAAAAUCUAAAGGAAUAUAAAUGUCUCACCUAUUUAAAUAAAUAAAAAAAAUACAUUCACUCUGGUAUUGUUAGUGUUAAGGCAGUAAGUUAAACAGGUUCUGAUUUGAUCAGCUAAAGCAUUUGGUUGUGGAUAAGUUUCUUUAUUACUUGCAUCAAUUCGAUUCAAUUGUUCUAGGUCAUUGUUUGUCGAGGUGCUAUAUUUAAACCUCUGCAUAUUUGAUCUUAGAAUUUGUGAAUGUAAAUCAAUUAUACUCAAAAAACGUUGGCCAUUGGCAAAAUACGCAUUUUCACGGUUGUUAUUUCUGUAAUAGCUUUAAAAAUACUGUAUAUAUUUUGAUGUGAUAUAUUUUAUCUGAGAAAUUUUGUCUGAGAUGAUUUGUCAUGGUACC